AUGUGGGAUUUAGGUGCUCACGGUAUCCCCCCCCCCCAAUUAUGUUUUAACAUUGCUUGUUAUACAGUGCCGGAUGCAGUUGUUGUCCAUGGUGAAUACGAAUUCACUUUCUACAACCCAAUUAAUGCAAACGAUCGUUUAAACUUCGAUGAAGCAAACCAAGUUUGUAUGGCUGGUGGCGGUAGAUUGGCUGAUAUAAAAUCAUCUGAUGUUCAAGAUAUGAUUACAAACCAACUUGGUGGUUUGGAUUUGCAUGAAGAUGGUUGGGGUGGUUGGGAUCGGGGUUAUUGGGUUGGUGGGAAGUGUGAGGGUGGUAUAUCUGAUUGGGUGUGGGGAGAUGGGACAGGCAUUUCUGUGAAUGGAAGUUCUAACGAGAACUGGUAUCAUGAUUGUGGGAGAUACGAACCACUUCAUAGCCAUCCUACAAGUCGAGUUAUUUUGUACGGGUUCGAUUCUUAUGGAAGUUGUACCAAUGUAUUGGGAACGUGGGGAGGUACUCAUGAUAAUUAUUAUAAGAAGAACUGGAUUUGUAUGAAAGACAUAGAUGACUGUGCCUCAACGCCUUGUCUUAAUGGUGGGACCUGCACAGAUGGGGUGUCUAGUUUCACUUGUGCAUGUGUUAAUGGGUAUACAGGAGCUGACUGUUCGACAAACAUAGACGACUGUGCCUCAACGCCUUGUGCUAAUGGUGGGACCUGCACAGAUGGGGUGGCUAGUUUCACUUGUGCAUGUGUUAAUGGGUAUACAGGAGCUGACUGUUCGACAAACAUAGACGACUGUGCCUCAACGCCUUGUCUUAAUGGUGGAACCUGCACAGAUGGGGUGUCUAGUUUCACUUGUGCAUGUGUUAAUGGGUAUACAGGAGCUGACUGUUCGACAAACAUAGACGACUGUGCCUCAACGCCUUGUCCUAAUGGUGGGACCUGCUCAGAUGGGGUAGCUAGUUUCACUUGUGCAUGUGUUAAUGGGUAUACAGGAGCUGACUGUUCAACAAACAUAGACGACUGUGCCUCAAUGCCUUGUCUUAAUGGUGGGACCUGCACAGAUGGGGUGGCUAGUUUCACUUGUGCAUGUGUUAAUGGGUAUACAGGAGCUGACUGUUCGACAAACAUAGACGACUGUGCCUCAAUGCCUUGUCUUAAUGGUGGGACCUGCACAGAUGGGGUGGCUAGUUUCACUUGUGCAUGUGUUAAUGGGUAUACAGGAGCUGACUGUUCGACAAACAUAGACGACUGUGCCUCAACGCCUUGUCUUAAUGGUGGGACCUGCACAGAUGGGGUGGCUAGUUUCACUUGUGCAUGUGUUAAUGGGUAUAUUGGUGAUAUAUGUGAAGCAGAUCUAUGCAAACCCAACCCAUGCAACCAUGGAACAUGUAACCACGCACCUACUGGAUAUCGAUGUAUUUGCCAAGAUGGAUAUGUUGGUGAUCAUUGUGAAACAGAUCUGUGCGAACCCAACCCAUGUAAUAACAGUGGUAGUUGUGUGAGGGCUGUUGAAAGUUUUACUUGCGAUUGUCAACCUGCUUUUACAGGACAGCUUUGUGCUGAAGCUAAAUUUGAAGAAAAUGAUUUGAAUGAAAACCUUUUUCAUAUAAAUUAUCAAGCCAGCAGUUUGUCGUCGUUUUCCAGAUCAAGCGAUCUGUGUGAAUUAAACAAACAAGCGGGGCUUGUUAUUAUAAAAGAUUUGCAAACACAACAAGUUAUUGAAAAUCAAACAAGUUCAAUGUAUAAUGGUGAAGAGGUGCAACUGUGGAUCGGAGCCAAGAAAACGAGCGAUGGUUGGUUCUGGUUGGAUGGAAGUCACAUGACCUUCCAAUACUGGAGUGAAACAGGAAGUGAUGUCAUAGGGAGUUGUUUGAAGAUGGUCAGCCAAUCAGGAAGCCAGGAAUUACGAUGGCUUCCCGGGGAUUGUGAUGAAACAAUGGGCUAUAUUUGUGAACAACCAGUAAACCUUGUUGAUCCUUGUGAAGUGAUAGAAUGUUACAACAGUGGGACGUGUACAAGUAGUGGGGCUCAUUAUCAUUGUCAAUGUGUGGAGGGAUAUGAAGGGGAGGAUUGCGCAACAAAAAUAUCAGACUCAUCUUCAACACAAUUGACCAUUAUUAUCGCGCUGAGUUGCGUUAUUGGAUUUCUAUUACUGGUUGUCAUAGCAACAGUGUUGUACUUCGUCAGGAGACAACCUGUUGUUGAUAAAACUGUUGGUCAACACCGCAAUAAAGCGUUCAAGGAUGAUGUUUUGUAUGAAUAUAUUGAAGAUGUUUAUGUCAGUUACAAUAUUGAGAAAAACAAACUUUUGGAACGAUUCGAAGAGUUGAGUUCUAACUUCAAUUUUGGGUUCAUGGCUCAAUUUGUGGAUAUGCCGAAAAAAGCAGAUUUUAAGAAAAACGUUGGCCCGAAUAAGAUUUUCAAGAUAAUGUCCGAGACAUUAGAAGGGGCGUAUGUAAAUGAGGGAAAUCCCCAGGUUUUUAUCGCGAGCCGUGUCGAUUGUUUGAAGUUGUGGGAAUCGAUUAUGAUGCAACAAUGCCGGGUGAUUGUUGGGUUUCCGGAAAAAAACGAAAAGUUUUACCCCGGAGUGAGACUUAUUGCAACCUAUGGAAGCAUCAAAGUUUUAACAGUCGAGAAAAAAUGUUUCAAAUAUUUUUCGAUCGUUGAAAUUGAGGCUUCGAACCAGACAAGUGAAUAUGAAAGUGUUUCUCGUAAGAUAAAACUGUUUCAGUUCAACAAUUGGUCUGAUUGUGACAUCAUCAAUAGUAGAUUUGUUUGGUUCUCAAACAAAGUUUUGGAAAGUUUGUCAAAACUUCCCGAUCGUUCGUCAGUCAUUGUGUACGGAAGUGACUCAGCAACUUCAUUGUUUGUCGCUUAUCAACAACUUACUCGUUGUUUAAAACGUGAAAAUCAAAUCAACAUUUUUCAACAUGUUGUUCAACUCAGAAAACUAAACGCUGCGUUCUUCGCAAAUCUGGAAUUAUACAUUCUGCUCCACCAGUUAUUAGUUGAACAACACCACCUUGGCAACACUGACCUUCAUCUAGCAGAUUCUCAGGAGGAAUCAAAAUCAACCAGGAUUCAACGAGAAUUCGAUUUUCUUCAAAAGACAGUCAAGCACGAAGUUCACGCAUCAGUGACUUUAACCGGUGGUUGUGGACCAACAACGGUUUGCCUGACUCCUGUGGAAAAAGUUGAAAACUUUUGGACAAAAGUUUUUGUUGAGAAUCCUGAUUUGAUUAUCAGUUGUGACAAAACAAAGAGUUUGAAAGAUUUUGGACUUGCUGGUAAAUUGAAACAAAUAUUGGGAGAAACAUCAUUGGAAUGGAAACCUGAUGCGAAUUUAAUAAAAAUAAGAAAGAAUAAUACCACGCGCACAGUUGCAAUAACAUUUUUGGAAACAAUGAGGAGCGCUGAAGAUUUGAUUCAAAUUUCAAAUAUUUUCCGACAAUCUUUUGAAAACCUUUCGAGGGUUGUCGUGGUAACCAGUUGGGAAAGCGUAACAAUGGUGGCAUUGUCCCAACUAAUUGAAAGAAUCGAGUCCGAAUCAAAAUUUGACAUUUUUCGCAUCGUUCGUGAUCUGAAACUGUUCAUCACAAUGGAACAAUACGAGUUACUUUACAAGUGUUUGUUACAUCACAAUCAUGAAGCGAAUCUUUAUGCCAACUCUAUUUGUUGAAGAUUUUAAUUUGUUCUAAUAUGAUGUAAUGUUCAACAUUGUCACUGUUAUUUUGACAUAAACAUCGCUGAAUAUUAUUAAUUGUUGUUCGAACCACCUAUGCUGCGCAAUAAUAUAAUUAUUUAAAGUUUA